GGGCCUGGAGGAAGAUCGUGGGCUUAGCAGAGGGCUUGGAUGGUGGAAUAGCAUCACAUAGCGUUGCGACAAAGACCAGAAGGUGUCGGCAGCUACUUGCCUGGCAAACCAUACAGAAUGUUCUCCAGAUUAAGAAUAGCUUCCGCUCCCUGCGUGUUGGCAUGUCGCAGAGUACAUACAAAAGAAAAAGGCAAGGUCUUGAUGCUGAACCCGAGAACAAAUAAGGGCAUGGCUUUUACGUUAAAAGAACGGCAAAUGCUUGGCCUCCAGGGACUUCUGCCUCCAAAGUUUGAGACGCAAGAUAUCCAAGCCUUACGGUUUCACAGGAACGUGGCAAAAAUGACCGACCCUUUGGAAAAAUACAUCUAUGUGAUGGGCAUGCAGGAAAGAAACGAGAAGCUAUUCUACAGGGUAUUGCAAGAUGAUAUUGAGCAAUUAAUGCCAAUUGUUUAUACACCAACAGUAGGCUUAGCGUGUUCCCAGUAUGGACAUAUCUUCAGGAGGCCAAAAGGAUUAUUCAUUGCCAUAACAGAUAAGGGCCAUAUCAGAUCAGUUGUGAAUAACUGGCCAGAAAACGAUGUGAAGGCUGUUGUCGUCACAGAUGGAGAACGGAUAUUGGGUCUUGGUGAUCUGGGUGUGUAUGGGAUGGGGAUUCCUGUUGGCAAGCUCUGCUUAUAUACAGCAUGUGCUGGAAUACAACCCGACAAGUGCCUGCCCGUGUGUAUUGAUGUCGGCACAGACAAUCAGACGCUUCUGCAUGACCCGUUUUAUAUGGGGCUCUACCAGAAUCGAGACCGCUCUCAGCUGUACGAUGAACUCAUCGAUGAGUUCAUGGAAGCCAUCAUAGACAGGUAUGGCCAAAACACCCUCAUUCAGUUUGAAGACUUUGGAAACCACAACGCUUUCCGCUUUUUGAGGAAAUACAGAGAGAAAUAUUGUACCUUCAAUGAUGAUAUACAGGGGACAGCUUCGGUGGCCUUAGCUGGGUUGUUGGCAGCGCAGAAAGUUCUUCGUAAACCAAUAACAGAGCACCAGAUCUUGUUCCUUGGUGCAGGAGAGGCUGCCCUUGGAAUUGCAAAUCUCAUCGUCAUGGCUAUGGUGGAAAGAGGUCUUUCUAUGGAAGAAGCGUAUAAGAAAAUAUGGAUGUUCGACAAAUACGGCUUAUUGGUUGAGGGUCGGGAACAAGCAGUUGAUGCCAACCAAGAGUCCUUUACUCACGCAGCCCCAGACCAGGUGCCAAAGACCUUCUUAGAAGCAGUGAAUCUGCUUCAGCCUUCAGCUAUCAUUGGGGUUGCAGGUGCAGGCCGACUCUUCUCCCACGACGUUCUCAAAGCGAUGGGCUCCAUCAACCAGAGACCGAUCAUAUUUGCACUGAGUAACCCUACUGCGAAAGCCGAGUGCACUGCUGAGGAGGCAUACACGUUAACAGAGGGGCGUUGUCUGUUCGCAAGCGGCAGCCCUUUUGAGCCAGUGCAGCUAAGUGAUGGGCGAUCCUUCAAACCGGGACAAGGAAACAAUGCAUACAUAUUUCCAGGCGUUGCUCUUGCUGUUAUUCUCAGUGGGGUUCGGCACAUCAGCGAUCACGUUUUCCUGGAGGCUGCGAAGGCGUUAACAGAUCAGCUGACCGAAGAAGAACUUGCCGAGGGACGGCUUUAUCCUCCUCUUGCAAACAUCCGGGAGGUUUCCAUUAAUAUUGCCGUUAAAGUUAUGGAGUUUUUGUAUGCCAACAACAUGGCGUUCCAUUACCCUGAGCCUGCAGACAAGAACAAGCACAUACGGUCGAGGGUCUGGAACUACAAGUACGAAUCGUUUCUGCCGGAUAUGUAUGAUUGGCCAGAAUCUACGGCAUAUCCACCCCAAACACCCUGACUCGCCCAAGGGGGCAUGUUCCUCAGGUGACACCUGAAAUUUUGCAGGGAAUCUCUUUCCGGAACAGAUUUAAAACCAGGAAUGUUUUGAGACUUUUAUUUUUUCCAACAACGACAAAAGUAUUUUUAAGCCUUGCCCCAUAACAAUCGCCCGGAUUGCCCCUGGUGUAUAUUUUCCCUCUGACAAUUUGCAUUCCAGUGGAUGGAAGUGACUUAUCUGGAACCAAGAUACAAAAACUUACAUCGAUUUUUUUUU